CAUCAAAGACCACCCGCUUCGUUUAUUUCUCUUAUAAAAGCAAUCGUAACGGCCCAACAAUCCUCAUCACCCAGCACGUCCCGAGGUCGAAUCCCAAUGGACUCCACCAUUGUAUUUUCCCUCUUUAUCCUUGCUGCAAUCCUCACCUCCACUGUCGCGGCAAAUCCUUCAGGCAACGACUUCAUUACAUCCUCCUGCAAGGUCACUCGCUAUCCCGAUGUCUGCGUGUCGUCUCUGAGAUCUUACGCAGCCUCUCUGCAGGCAAAGCAAAGCCAGAGCGAGCUUGUGAAGGCCGCCGUCGUUGUUAGCCUUGCCAAUGCCCGAAAUACCUCGGCCUGGGCCGUUACUCUGUCCAAAAGUAGCAAGAGCCUCAGCAAAAUAGAGCGCUCGGCGCUCAAGGACUGUGUGGAUAAUUUUGGCGAUACUAAAGAUCAGAUCAGCCAGUCACUGGCCGAGCUGAAGAAUCUGAAGCGUGGAACUUUCAAGUUUCAGAUGAGCAACGUGCAGACUUGGAUGAGCGCCGCGCUGACGAACGAGGACAGCUGCCUUAAUGGCUUCCAGGCUGUUCAGAAUGGGAGGGUUAAAAUACUUGUCCAGGGGCGUGUGCAGAAUGCUUCGAAGUUGAUCAGCAAUGCGCUUGCUUUGGUCAAUAAUCUUGCUUCCAAUUCAGGAUAUUGAAAGCUUCUGUAAUUUUAUCUAUUUUAGGUCUCUGUUUCUCUGCGUAUGUGUGUCCUAUUUUGAAAACUCUCUGUUUAGGGGCUGCGGGAGGCCGUAUAUUGUAAAAAUGUGUGAUAGUUUGGUUUUUCAGUAAAAGCGAGGAAAGGGCAGGAAUCGAGAAUUGGACAUGUAUAUUUAUCUGGCUUUUUAAGUAUAUUUAUUUUUGUUCUGUGUCA